AUGAGCAGUGGAAGAGCCAAAUCAGGAACCAAGGUUAAUGGAAAACAUAAUGAUGCUAGCAGAAGAACAGGGCCAGAUAAACUGCAAUGCAAAGGCCCUGAAUGGAGGGAUAAGCAGGUAUUUAAGGAGGAUGGUUGCACCCAGGCUUACCUGAUUCCAAGGUCUCAGUGUUCAGAGAACUGUUUGCUUGGAUAUCGAAAAGUCCUGAAACCUGGAACACAAAUCUGCUGCUACGACUGUGUCCGGUGCUCGGAGGGAGAGAUAUCCAACAGAUCUGACAGUGAGAACUGCAUUGUUUGCCCAAGUGAUAAAUGGUCUAAUGAGAAAAGGGAUCGGUGUAUUCCAAAAUCGGUGGAGUUUCUAUCAUAUUUGGAUGCAGUUGCUGCUGUUUUAUCUUUUGCAUCAAUUCUGUUUUGUCUUGUAACUGUUGUAAUAUUACUGAUCUUCAUUGUCUUCAGAGAUACCCCAAUUGUGAAAGCCAAUAACAAGAACCUCAGCUUCCUCCUCUUGGUCUCCAUCAUGCUGAGCUUCCUCUGUGUGUUUCUGUUCCUCGGUCGUCCUGAGGAUGUAACCUGCAUGCUGCGCCAAACAGCUUUUGGUGUCCUCUUCUCAUUAGCCAUUUCUUCUAUUUUAAGCAAAACAAUCAUGAUCUAUAUUGUUUUCAGAGCCGUGAAACCCGGCAGCUCCUGGGCAAACUGGGUCAGUGUGAAAGUCUCCAAUUCUAUAGUACUGCUCUGCUCAUCCAUUCAAGUUAUCAUUAAUAUUUCCUGGUUGGCCAUUUCCCCCCCAUUCCAGGAGCUGGACAUGCACUCUUAUCAGGGAAAGAUCAUCGUUCAGUGUAAUGAAGGCUCGGUUAUUGCCUUCUACUGUGUCCUGGGUUAUAUGGGGCUUCUGGCAGCUCUUAGUUUUAUUAUAGCUUUUUUAGCCAGGACUUUACCGGACAGUUUUAAUGAGGCCAAGUACAUCACCUUCAGCAUGCUGGUGUUCUGCAGCGUUUGGAUUGCGAUGAUCCCGGCCUAUCUGAGCACCAAAGGGAAGAACAUGGUGGCCGUAGAGAUUUUUGCCAUACUGGCUUCAAGUGCUGGACUUUUAGGAUGUAUAUUUUUUGCAAAAUGUUAUAUAAUUAUAUUCAGACCAGAGAUUAACUCAAAAACACAAUUGUUUGGUAGCAAAAAUAACAAUCUGUACAUAUAA